CAAAUUUUGGUGUUUGUUCAUUUUUUCUAGAACCCUCUCUCACUGCCAUGGCUCUUAGAGUUAGACCCGAACUACAAAAUGUUUCUUUAUUCUCGAACACGUUUAAUGUACUGAUCGUCACCCAACUUUUACAUUCGCUUGCUAAGGGAAUGACAGACUCAGAUAAGAUGUCUCCAUAUACACGAAUAUCAGUCACAGAAGCUCAUGGAAAAAGCUGGAAUCUCAAUGCCAAUGGGUCAAAUCGUCAAGUCAAAACGAGCUGCAGGAGUUAUGAUAGACCGCAUAGGGAGUAGGAUACGAGGCAGACAAACCGUUUCAUUCAUCAUGCUAACUCCCACUCUGAAAACUCUCGUGCACUUCUAAAACUUCAACUCCUCCAUGACAAUCGAAAGUCUACAGA